AUGAACUCCGUGGUGAGCUCGGCCUCCAGGAUGGGGGAGAGUAGCUGUGAUAGUGGUCCGGGGGUGAACCCUGCCACCAGCAGGCAGUCCCUGCCGAGGGGUUACGGUGGGCCCAUGCUGGCGCCGGGCGCCGGGGGCGGCGAGGAGCUGGUCGUGGUCGACCCGAAGGCCUCCCUGAGAAGGCUCUACGCGGCGAUAGAGGGGCGGGGCAUGGUGGCCAUCAAGCGCAACCCUAACGGGAAGGGGCGGUCGAGGGUCAUGGUGAGGUCCAAGAUCAAGGAGAACAGCAUCGGAUGGGCGCACGUCCUGCCCCCCUUCACGAGAAAGUUUGUGAACGUGAAGGACCUCGCGGGGGCGCAGCGGUCCUCCCGCAUGGUGACGGUGAACUUCAGGAAUCGCGAACCGGUCUCCUUCCUCUUGCCUGCCUUUGCGAACGUCAUCCAGGUGAUGUUCGAGACCGACAAGCUCACGGACGCUCUUAUCCUGGAGCAGGGUUUCGUCUCUCUGGCUACCCUCCAGAAACAGAGUCUAUAAGAAUGCGCUCGUCGUUAUGGGCAACCUCCUGGCUGGAAGGGGCUGAUGUCUGAGAGGAACUCUGCCGAUAUCUCAGUUUUUACUACUAUUGUGUUUGCAUAAAGAAACCGUGGUAGAUAGCGCGGUGGUGGCAGCGCGGGCAGGGGCGAUAGGAGCGUGUUGGUGGUGGUGGGGGGGGGGGGGGGAGGGUCAGAGUGGAGCACUCACGGAGCCCCUACCACAAGGACUGGUACUUUCUUCCAGCCUCCUACUACUUCGGGGGUGCAUGUGACUCGCGCACGAUGUGAUACGCCUGGCGUUCGAGUAUUGCGUGUGUCUCGUCCUUUGGGCUUGGCUCGGGUUUAUGUGCAUGCCUCUAUGCUCUUUUGUUCCGUGUCUUUAGAUUCCAAGAGAGGGUAUCGCGCAAUACACCAGACCUGCUCUACAGAUCUACUAGCGCAUGGCCGCCGUAUUGUUUUAGUGAUGCGGUACAUGGGCCUUUAGAGUGACUGGUAUUAUUUCUUGCUCCUUGCUUUGCAACGGGUCUAUAUAGGCUCUCAACUCGAACGCCAGAAAAACGUUUGUUUUAGAAAAAUAUGGCAAUUUCUGUGGGAGAUGUGUGCCACGUCUACUUGGCAGCGCGUGUGCCUACCUAGAGCAUGUGGGCAUGUUGGUCGAGGCAUUUGGUAGAGAGAGAGGCAUGAGGUGGGAGUGAUUCCCUGCCCAGCUGGCUGUGGAAAUCCGGAAAAGAAACGCGAGCUUGAUUGCUCGUCAACGUUUCGGGUUUCGAAUGACACGGGCAGGUGGUAGGAGUUUUGUGGGCUGUGAAUGAUACGGAUACAGGCAGUGUUGUCGUUCUUGCAUUUCUAAUCGUGCGUGUCGCCGUAUUCAGUUCAGUAAAGCUAACCCGGCUCGUUCCUUUGUCGAGACCGGAGCGAUGGAUGUUUUGUGCUUUCUCAGUCUCUUUAGAGUAGCUCGCGCAGCGUGUGUUUGACCCACCGCUCGCCGAUGUUUUUUGCUGUCUUGUGUAGUACUGUAGUGGCUCGCUCUCUCGAGCGUCGCCUUCGGACCACUCGCGCACCUCACCUGGGCCUGUCGCGUUCCGCCUCCGUGUUCUUCGAUUGCUGAUUGAUUGAUGUGUCGAGUUUUUCCGUGCAUCCAUGCCUGGCUUGAAGCGAACCGAAGAUCGAAGGGGGCGUCCAUCUGAAAAUAUCCAUGUUUUUUAUCCGUGCCGCCGCGGUCGUGAGCGAUGACAGGGUCUCGGCGAGAAGUUUUGUUGGUGAACCGAUGGUUUACAUGACGCCAAAGGCGUACCUGGGUUUCACGUAAAUAUUACGCAAAAAUAACAGUAACAGACAUGCGUCCAGGGAGGAAGAACGAGAGAACAGGCGCAAGGUCGCGAUAUUGUACAGCAGGUUUCCGUUGUCACGCCGGCUCUCUCUGUGAUAUCUUGGAAGGCAUUCGUGUGGAGUUGUGGCAGCAAACGCAGCUCUUGCUGCGCAGCUCAUACCCGCGAGGCGCGCUUGCAUUUAAGGCACAUCGUGGCCAUGAUCGCUGUGUAUGCCGUGAGAGUCUAUUAAAGUAGGUCCCGGUCUAAGCAUCUGAUCGAGGUGGACGGAGAGCGAAUACGAGAGACGGGAGGCACGUUUUUGCCUAUUGACAUUUUAUUGGAUGAUUCACGUUGUUAAUAAUUCGAGGCACAUGACCUCUGUUUUCGCGGCUGCUCUUUGUACCGUAGGGCAAAUAGAAGUAAAAUGUCGGCGUAUGACUUCAACAACACAGGUCAUGCGUGUGAGGUUGUACCCGCUUGGGGUGAGUCGUGCUGGCGUUACAUGCAUGCACACGUGCAGUCUGGGGAUCGCAGGAGGUGGGGGGUUGGAAGAGAGACUUUUGUUUUUGUUUUUUGUUUUCUGUGGACGGUACAGUAGUGUGUCUGCUUUUAUUCUUUUUCCCCUGUGAUCUAGGAGACGCGCUCCACCAGCUUUCUCUUUUUUUCACGUACUCCAUGUUUCUCUUGGUUCCCUUGGCGUAUACUACUUCGUCGAUCCCCUCAAGGUUUGCGGUCCGGUCGACAACCGAUCGGUCGUGGAGUUCUUGCGGGAGGUAUGUAUCUAGCGUAAGCCAACUAGAGUUUCUUUCAUUUCCACAUGAUCUGCUUGGUGCUUGUUGUGUGUCUCCGCUUUCGAUCGCGCGUGUCUCACGUUCUUGAGGGUCUGUUUGUCUACCAAAAAAAAACUAAUCUAUAAACGCUCAAGUUCGUUCGUUGUGAUGUUUUUUCGUUAUACACUAAGAAUAAGAGAGCUCCCGGAGUGUAGAGUGUUGCAUGGAGGUGUUGCGUCAUCGAGAUUGAUGCAGAGCUUGCUUGUUGUGCUGGUGCUGGUUUUCGCCCAUCAUUCAAUCCAAUCCAGCUCAGUCCAGGGAAGUGAUGUGGGUCGGAACAACUGCUAGCAGUUUGUCGUGUGUUGUUUCGACCAUAUUGUACUAUACAUCUCAACGUUGACGUAGAUAUGGAUGGUGUACGCGUGAAGGGAGUGUAUUCUAGAUCAUGUCAUUUGUCCGUGUCUUUGCCUGGUCUUUUGUCUUGUCUUUGUUUGGUCCUGGGUCAUUUCGGGGAAACCACAGCAGCAGUUACAGUAGUACAGUAGCAGUAUGAUGGGAGUUUUUUGUUUCAUUUCGGAACAGGUGAUCAAAGCAGAAGCAUUUGUUUAUUUAUGGAUAAAUAUAUUCGGAUGGUUGGAGCGACAAGAGCUCAUGUUGUGUUUCGGAGGGAGAGGGUGGCUUUGCGCCGACCGGUGACCACACAACCUCAAGUUAUACUUGAAUAUAUCAUUGGUAGAUAUAUGCAUCAGUGUAGCAGGGGCGAGAAGACGUCAUGGGAUGAUGGGUCAGCUGCCUUGAUCUAUGAAUGCAUGCGUUCUCUGAACACGUACGUGCAUAUGUAUGAUCUUUGCACCGAGCCUCUGGUUGUCUGUGCAAUCUAGACUACAUAUUAAUGAUAAACUAUCGCUUCUUCCACGGCGAAGAGACGGAUGGAAG